UGAUGUAAUUUAAGAAGAAGGUUUUGGUGGUUGACAGUGUCAAAAGCCUUACGCAGGUCCACAAAUAACCCAACAGGGAACUCAUUUUUACCAAGAGCUGCAUGAAUCAAAUUUUGUCUUUGUCCACGCUGUCAUUUUCUCGGAGAAUUUUGUAGGCGGUGAUCAUAGUGGCCUUCAGGUAAAUUCACGUAAUUAUACCCGAAACUUUUAAUUUACAUUUAUGUAACUACUGUUUUAACCCCUAUAUCAUGUUAUUCUGGAUUUUUAAAUAAAAGUAUAUUUUUGUUAUUAUUUAUUAUUUUAUCAUGAAAUGAGCGAUGAAAAGUUUAAAUGUCUUUACAAGGGGCUAUAUAUAUAAGGUAUUUUUAAAAUAUCAUACUUACGAAUGACAGUACAAAAAAUAAAACAUAUAAAUCAAUAAUACAUCCAAAUUCAAAUAAAUAACGCUAUAUAAAGUCUUAUAAUGUAUGUUACGGUGUGAGCAGCGGUUCUUUAUAGAGGAGGAAGGCGGGCUGGUGAGUGUAAACAACCCGGGCGCCUCAAGUUUUGAACGUCCGUGAGGAGCUGUGGUGUGUGAGGGCUGUCAUGUCGGCUGUGUAGCUCUCUCCCGCACAUAUACCUCGCUCCCCUUGCUGUCCCGUCACACUCCAGAAUUCAUGACAAAUGGUGGCUGAAAUGAAGGUACUGCAAGACAUAGGAAUUUAUUUUGAGCCAUAUUUUUUGGGGAAGUGGAACUUGGACAGGGAUUUUCCUAAAAUACCUGCAAACAAGUUGCAUAUGCCGAUUCUUCGAAGCCACACUAGGAAAAACACAGCGGAAAAUCAUGGCAUUGCUAACUUGUCUGUUACAUUUGGGAAACCGUCAAAACGUGUCACUGAAAAUGUCCAGAGAGUGGACAUACUUUUUAAAAUUGUUACCCCAGAAAAGCAAAAGGAAACUAGAGGCACAGGGUGUGAGAAAAAAGUAAACACGUUUCAAACUAUUGGAACCCCAGCAGGAGAGAAUUCUAAAGAUUUGUCUUCUCCAGAAAUGCUAAGAGAAAGGAGCCAGACAACCCACAAUAAAGAGAAUGCUGUAGAAUUACGCAGACCCUCAAAGAGAAAAGCCGCAAGGGAUGCUACAUUGCUUUUAAAAGAAAUUACAAACCAAAUAAAAAAUACUAAAAAAAAUACAACAAAACGUUUAAAUGAAAAUAAAGAUAUAUCCAAGGACGGUGAUCUGAUUCAGAUUGAACAAAAUGAACAAGAAAAAUCUAAAAGACAGAGAAUCAAGGAAGACAAUCCAACUUGGAAUGAAGAAGAAAAGUCUUGCAGACAAAAAUCCAAGAAAGAGCAUCCAACUGUGAAUGAAACAAAAUUAUCAAAGAAACGGAGAUCAAAGGAAGAGAAUCCAAUUCUGAAAGAACACAAAAAUUCCAAACAACAUAGAUUAAAAAAAGACAUUCCAUCUCCGAAUGGAAUAGAGAAGUCUUACGUAAGUGGAUCCAAGGAAGACCAUCCAGCACAGUGUGAACGAGAGCUAUCAAAGAGACAGAGAUCAAAAAAACAAAAUCUAACCCUGAAUGAACAAGAAAAAAUUGAGGUUCAAAUCAAUGUCGUCAAGCAGAAAAAGAACAAAAAAGGGCAGCAAGUAUGUGGUGAUGAGAUUGAAGGUGGACAGGAAAAUGCUAAUAAAGCCGUUAGGAAGCAUAAUGAAUGCAACAAGCCUGAAAAAGAUACCUCUGUCCAGAUAACAAGAGGAAGAACAUGUAAGGGAAGAAAGUUCCUCGUAGAAGAUAGUGACAAUGAGGUCAAUAUAACAUGGGUGGAAUCGGAUAAUGAGGAUCGUGAUGCAACUUGGGUGGCGUCAGAUAAUGGCGGAAAGAAACGCAGGAAAAAUAUAGGUGUGAAAAACGACAAUAAAACCCAGAAGAUAGCUGGUAAAAAUAUUACUGCAUCAAAGGGAAAGGACAAUGAAAGUGUAAAGAAGCAAGGUAGUAAACAAGGCAGUAAUCUUAGCUUAAGUGAACAGGCAAAGUGUAAAGCUGAGAGGGUAAAGGCCACAAAAGUACCUCAAGAGGGCAAAGAGACUAACAAAAGGAAAAAAACGAGUGAAGAAAAUUGUAAGGAGCCUCGUAAACCUGAGGAUGUUGAAGUGUCUGCAAAGCGGGGGACCCUGAAAUAUCUGCUACAAAGAGAAGAAUUUUUGAAGGCACAAGCACAGGAAAUUGAAGUUGAUGACGACUUCUUUGCUGAUGAGAUAUUUAAAAAAAAGAAAAAUGACCUGGGAAAAUUUCUGGUCUCCUCCUCACAUGAUGACAGCCUUAUCAUCAAGACGCCAAAAAUUAAAGGAAAAACUAUUCCCGAUAACGUCAUUACUCCGCGCACAGAAAUACUGGGUCGGUUUGGAGCCUCGACGCCUUCCACUACCCCCUUCACACCCUCCACCAGUUUCCCGACGUCUGUCACUAAAUCUGGACAUAGAAAAGCUGUUUUAGAAGUGAUGUACCACCAGCUGCAAGGAGGGAAGAAGAGACCCCGAGGCAUUAGGAAAGCUCUGCACGAUAGCAAGCAGUUUGGUAAUUCUGCAUUGGUAAAGCCUAGCAACCUUCCAUUGCUUGAGCUUCCCAAAUUUGCUGAUGACGAUGAAAAUGACACCAGCAUUGAUGACUACUUCAACACCAGUGAUGCUUUUUAAACUCCAGUACUGUAUUGUGAGAGCCCUGUUACUGGCACAAUUGUUGCAUUAUCAAGCAGUGUAGUAUGCAGCAGCCUGCGUCAUUGUGGCAUACAGCAGCCUGCAGUAAUGUGAUAUACAUAAGCCUGCAGUAAUGUGGCAUACAGCAGCCUGCACCAUUGUGGCAUACAGCAGCCUGCACCAUUGUGGCAUACAGCAGCCUGCACCAUUGUGGCAUACAGCAGCCUGCACCAUUGUGGUAUACAGCAGCCUGCACCAUUGUGGUAUACAGCAGCCUGCACCAUUGUGGUAUACAACAGCCUGCAAUAAUGUGGUAUGCCAUAGCAUGCAACAAUGAAUGUACUGGACUGAUGUUACUGCAUACAAAAUCUGCCGUGCAAUUACAUUUUUCACGUUUUCAAGAGUUUUUGUAUAUAAGUAUACCGUGAUAAGUACUUCAAAUCAAUUCCAGUCUGUAAUCAUUUAGCCAGAUAAAUAGUAUAUUACUGUUUUGAAUUAAGUGUAUCUCUGAUGAUAAAUUUUCUAUGCUUUAAUAGGAAAGGUAAUUGAAAUGAGUGAGGAGCUGCCACCACUGGAGAGGGAGCAGAGGCUCCGUGGCUGUAGAUAUCUUUGUAGGUGUAAUGUUUGUCAUGGAAGUUCCCCUUGCACUACCAUAAUCACAUGUGGACAGUUCUGUACUAUUGCUUCAUAAGCUAAAAAUAAAUUUUAUCCAUU